AUUGCGAUAGUUCAGCUGGUUCGAUACUUGGUUCAGUAUCAGUUGGUAAACAAAACGAACAAAUCAUGUUCUAAUGGUAGAGAUCGCUAGUAUUCAAUGAAAGCGAAACUAAUAAAGAGAAUCAUCCGACGGAUUGAGUUUGUCGUUCCUGUGAAAAAGAUUACACUGCAUCGCAAAAGUGAUAUAUUUUCACAUUCCAUUUAUUUAGUACCAUUUAUGCAUCGAACAUGUCUCUCUACAAAAUAAGGGUUGCUGGUCUGGAAGAUAUUUUGCAGCAAGACGUUAUAGAUUUGAAAUCACUCAGAGACUUUUGUUUCUAUGGUAUUCCCGAUUGUAAUGGGUUGCGUUCUCUAUGUUGGAAAUUGAUGCUGGGUUAUUUGGGUCCGAAAAAGGACACUUGGUCAGCAACCUUAGCCAAAAAACAUGAACUGUAUAAGCAAUUUAUCGAGGAAAUGGUCAUUCCUCCCGGUGACGGGGAACAAGACCGGUCCGGCUGUGUCGAUCACCCACUAAGCGAUGGUCCUGAAAGUAAUUGGAACACGUUUUUUAAAGACAAUGAAGUGUUGCUGCAAAUCGAUAAGGAUGUUCGGCGGCUUUGUCCAGACAUAUCGUUCUUUCAGCAGGCUACAGAUUUCCCAUGUGAGUCCGUCGUUAGUCAUAACCGGGAAAGAAAGCUGCAUGUUAGAGUUGCACCAACAACCCUCAGUUCGGCUAAUGUCGAGAGGAAAGGGCUAGGCGUUACCAAGAUUAACCUAAUAACAAAAAGGGCUAACGAAAGUUACGAAGCAAUGGACGAAGGACAGGAAGCACAUUGGGAAGUCGUUGAACGAAUACUGUUUCUGUACGCAAAGCUAAACCCUGGCCAAGGCUAUGUGCAAGGCAUGAACGAAAUCAUUGGACCAAUCUAUUACGUGAUGGCUUCGGAUCCUAAUUUAGAGUACCGUAAACACGCGGAAGCUGAUUGCUUCUUUUGCUUCACCGCCCUAAUGGGAGAAAUAAGAGAUUUUUUCAUCAAAACACUUGAUGAAUCGGAAGAUGGAAUCAAAGGUAUGAUGGCCAAACUAUCAAACUUGCUAAGGGAGAAGGAUUUGGAGGUUUGGACCAAACUGCGAGACCAAGAGCUCUACCCACAAUACUACAGUUUCCGGUGGUUGACACUGCUGUUAUCACAAGAAUUCCCACUGCCAGAUGUUUUACGAAUUUGGGACUCGGUGUUUGCUGAUGAAAAGCGAUACAGUUUUCUAGUGAAAGUGUGUUGCGCCAUGAUUGUAUUACUCCGUGAGCAAAUUUUAGAGAAUGACUUUGCCAACAAUGUGAAAUUAUUGCAAAACUUUCCACCCAUGGACAUUAAAGUUGUCCUGAAGAAAGCAACCAGCCUUGAAUAGAUUUGAACAAUAAGCAACGAACAAUCAAUCUCUUUUCAAAAUCUUUUAGAUUGAAUUUAUGAUUUGCAUAUUUAGAAUUUUCAAGAAUACGACAAAUAACUCACUGACGACACAUUUCAGUACAAUAUAUCGAGCAAACCUAUUACUUUUUUUAUAAGAUGUAAUUGUGAAAUAAAGCAUUAUUUCAACUUUCUCA